UGUGCAAGUUGCUAUCAAUCGUGUUGAUCUGUCAUUCUGCAAAACUUUCAGCGUUCUUAUCCAAUUUGUCACCAACAUAUCCUGUCCACUCAUAUGUGAAUGGGUCAGAUAGCAUCGAUGAUCUCAAACUGAUGCACUCGUGAGGGUGAAUGCAGUAAAACUCGCCGCAAGAUGGCUAGUAAUACAAGCUGGCGAAUAGACGACAUGGAUGGCGGUUUGGACGGUGGACUCGCUUCAGAAUUACUGAAUCUGACUGGUCUUGGCAACGAGUAUGUGGCGGAUGGUGCAUACAACAUGAGUGAUGUCCUUAACUUGCCAAUUUUCAAGGAUGAGCCACCAGUUAGUCACCUAAACAUGGACACCAUUGGCUCUGUUUCUUCCGCAGUGACAGAAGUAACCAAUGGGGUGAAUUCUUUAGACCCUGCCCUCCAAACAAAGCAGGAAACUCUUAUGGCUUGUGGCAUGUCACCUCCAACGCAGUCGUCACCAAUGUCAUCUGCUGGAAGCUUAGAGGUUAAUAGUCUGAGUUACAGGUUCAGGUACAUUUUGAAAGCUGCAACUUCUCCUACAAGGAGACUUGAAGAAGACUCCCUAACUUAUCUUAAUCAAGGGCAGGCAUAUUUGUUGGAAAUGAUGUGCCUACCAUUAGAGGCUGCUAAAUUUGAAGGCAAACAUUUAAAAAGCACAAUAAAACUGUGCUUUUAUGAGAGAAAACUUCAAGUCCAAGAAUCUGAAAAAUAUGAAGAGUGGAAAAACAACCGACCAGCUGACAGAAUGUUGGAAAUAGAUGUUCCCAUGUCAAGUGGUGUUUCAAACAUCAGAAGCAAAGGAAACUUGUUUAAUUGUUACGAAUUUGAGUGGGAUCCAAUCAAGGGAGCAGGAGUUUAUGUCAUUAUCAACUGUGUCAGCUCAGAGUUUACCAAGGGAAAGAGUGGUGGAGAAAGUGGUGUUCCAUUUAGAUUACAAGUUGACUCAUUCUCUCCCAAUUCAUUGACUGAUGCUCUUCCCAUUCACAGUGUAGGCUGUCAGGUCAAGGUGUUCAAAUCUAAAGGUGCAGAUAGAAAACAUAAAUUGGAAAUGCAGAAACUGGAACAUAAAAAUCAGGAAGAUUUGGAACAGUUGAGACCCACAAAUGCAUUUACAGAACUAACAGAACUUCCGCUUAUUAUAGAAGAGGAUAACAAUUCUUGCUGGAUGUCUCCAGGGUCAGUGGCUGGUUCAAUGUCUUCUCCAUCCUCAGGGGGCCAAGUCAUGUCAACGACCCUGUCGUCACCCUCAUCAGUAAUGUCUUCACCACCUCCGACCCUGCAGAUGUCGUCAUCUAGUAGUGGGCUGUCCAAUUCACCCUCCACAACAUGUGGAAUGGGACUAACAUCGGAUUCUUCUGUGGAUGAAACAAGAGUUUGGUUGCAAAAUAACAGAUUUCAAAACUACCUGAACAUGUUUGCUAACUACACAGGAGGUGAUCUGCUUAGAUUGACCAAACAAGAUAUGAUUCAAAUCAUGGGGCCUGCUGAUGGUAUACGCUUACAUAAUGCACUUCAAGCAAGGGCUGUGCGUCCGCUUUUAACAAUGUACAUUUGCCUGGAAUCAGCCCAGCAGAACUCAGGAAUGAAAGAAUACCAUGCUAUGUUUCUUGAAGCUCUUAGCCUCAGUGAAUUAAGGAAGAAACUGGCAUUAAAAUGUAACCUUAAUGCUGAGCAGAUUGUCGCUAUAUACACCUUCAGACAAGGGCCAACUGAAAUUUAUGUUUUAGUUGACGAUGAGAUGGUGAGGAAUUUUGCGGAUGAAGGACAUUUUAUUGUACAACUAGUCAGAGAAGAUGACAAUACAUACCAACUGAUUUUAAAGUAAAACCAGGGAAUUACCAGGCCGAGUCCAUGAAUUCAUAGCAAGAUACAACCAAUGCAGUUUGCUGUUUAUGUAGUGGAUAUGAAUGACUGUUGGCCAAAAUGAAGCAACCUCACCUGAAGGAAUAUUAGGAAAGAGUUGCUUUCCUUAGAAAGGAAUAGUCAAGAUUGGUUGAGGUGGAGAGAGACAAUUCAGGAUUUAAACAUAAUUUUGCCCACACUAUAUUUAUGGAGCAACACUGGAGUGAUCAUGGAGCAGUUGAUAGAACUAUUUUUAGAUGUUUUGCAAUAUUGUUUCAGUAUUGGGAGUUUUUCGAUAAACAUUGCUGGUGGAAACCUGGUGGACAUUAUCAUGCUAACUAACAAUUGAGAAAAUCAUGGAGACAUCAUUUGUUGAGAUGGAUUCCACAUCUCAAGGCACAUUAAUUCAUAUGUCCAUUGUUCCAGUUGAAUAUUUCUUGGGCAACAAAUGAUAGGAAAGUAGUUGCAUUUAUGAUGCCUAAUGCACUGAGGAGAAGAGAGAAAAGCAUUGUUACAAAACAUGUACCUAGUAGGGCCAUUCAGUGUGUAGAUAUGACAGCCAGUCACAAGGGGCCAUAUAUCCAUGUACCUUAUACUAACCAAGAGUAAGGUCUAUGUUGUACGUUUCAAACCAGAUUUAACCCCUUCAAAUUAUGGCCCAAAUGUGUCACACUUGGGGAAAAUUGAUGAUUACAGCGCAGACAAGAAGAUGAGGACAGCAAGAUCUUUCUGACUCUUCUUUGUGUCUGACUGAUUUGGGAAAUGAUCUCUAGUCACACCAAACAGAUUCAAAUGAAAUCAAAAUUGUUUUCAGUUGCUGGAAGGUGUAUGUUAACACACAACUCUAAGGAGAACAAAUAGAUUUUAACUUUUACCUUUGGCAGAAAGUCAGGAGCAAUCGGCAAUAGAUAAGGAGAGAUUUUUACAGCAAAGAUAUGUUUUACCAGUAACUCUAAUCUACUGUGUGGCCUGCAAAGUUAGCCAACCACAGAUGCAUAUUGACUGGAAGAUACAGUGGGAUACCCUGUUGCAAUCUUUGUUUCUGUUUCUGUUUCUUAACAAGUUUAUGUCUCAAAACGUUCUGUUAUCAGAAGUGACUGAUCUACUUGUAUCCAUUUAAUAAUUUUUAAAAAAUGGCAAUAACUUUUGGCUCAUGACAAGAAAAUUUGCUACAAGUUUUUCCACCAGAGGAAAACUUGUACAAUGUGUCUUUCGAUGGCUCAGCAAAAUUUGAGAGUGGAUAAAAAAUUGCCCAUAAUGUUAUGCCACUGUUAGGCCACUAAGAAAAAAUAUAUUUAAUUACUCAGAA